AUGUUCCAGUUUUCUAAAGAAUUCAACGGCAGGCGUCGCGCACGCCUUGAGCCUAGUAGCGAUACAACCACUAUCGUUCCCGGCCCUUCCUCGGUCUCCCCUUUCCCCCAACAACCCGGACCCUUUCCCCGUCCCCUCCCCAUUCGCCCCUCAACCCUGUCUCUCCAUCUCACCCACAACCCUGACCCUUCCCCCAUUCCCCAUUCGCCACUCAACCCUGACCCUUCCGCCGUUUCUCCAUUCCCCCCACAACCCUGCCCCUUCCGCACUCAGGGCUUCGUGAACGGCCCUCACGCAUUGGAGGCGGAAGCAGCGGAAGAUAAGAUUUCAGCGCCCGUGUUCCCGCUGUGCCAAACGGAGGGUCCAGAUUUCAUCCCGUGCCUGGAAAACGAGGCUGCGAUCAAGGCACUCAAGUCGACGAGCCACUACGAGCAUCGGGAGCGGCAUUGCCCCGGGAAAGACGGCGUGCUGCGCUGCCUGCUGCCGCUGCCCGAGGGGUACAAGGCGCACGUCAACUGGCCCGAGUCGAGGGACCAGAUAUGGUUCGCCAAUGUGCCGCACACGCAGCUCGCAAACUACAAGGCGGAUCAGAACUGGAUCAAGCCUGAGGGCGAUAGGUUCAUAUUCCCGGGCGGCGGGACACAGUUCAAGUACGGCGUCACUAAGUACAUCACCUGGCUACAGGAGGUCUUCCCAUUCCUGUCCUUCGGCAAGCGCAUCCGAGCCAUGCUGGACAUGGGCUGUGGGGUGGCAAGUUUCGGCGCGUACCUCGACGCCUUCCACACGCGCGUCUUGUCUGUAGCGCCCCGGGACGAGCACGAAGCACAGGUUCAGUUCGCUUUAGAGCGGGGUGUGCCGGCGCUGGUGGGAGUGAUGGGGACGCAGAGGCAACCCCUCCCCUCCAACGUGCUUGAUGCUCUCCACUGCGCCCGCUGCCGCGUGCCAUGGCACGCAGAGGGUGGCAAGCUGCUAUUGGAGGUGAACCGGCUGCUCCGGCCAGGAGGCUACUUCAUCUGGUCGGCAACCCCUGUGUGCAAGGAGUGUGCCGCCAAGGGCACUGAUGACGAAGGGAUUUGGGCAGCCAUGACAAACCUCACAGCCAGCAUGUGCUGGAAGCGCGUGGGUAAGAAGAUCAGCCACGGGUUCGGCAUUGGGGUAGCCGUGUGGCAGAAGCCGACCAGCAACGACUGCUACGCCGCCCGGCCGGCCGGUGAUCUGCCGCCCAUGUGCCCGCUACAGGACAACGCGGAUGCGGCGUGGUACAUCCCCAUGCAGGCAUGUCUGCAUCCAGUGCCGUCCGGGAAGGAGGAGAGGGGCGGCGCGUGGCCGGCGGAGGGUGAAGAGCGGUUGACUGCGGUUCCAGGGUGGUUAGGGAGAGGGAAGGGGAGGAAGAUAAGAGAGGAGGCGGGAGGGGAGGAGAGCGGGAGGGUAAGAGGGGAGGAGGGAGGGGAGGAGAGAGGAGGGGAGGUGGUGGGAGUGUAUGGGCGGCCGGUAGUGAAGGAGUAUCAGCACGAUGUGGGGCAUUGGGAGCGGGUGGUGCGGCACUAUGUGGAUGGGCUUGGGAUCAACUGGGAGGGCGUGCGGAACGUGCUUGAUAUGGACGCACACUAUGGCGGAGGGGAGGUGGUGGGAGUGUAUGGGCGGCCGGUAGUGAAGGAGUAUCAGCACGAUGUGGGGCAUUGGGAGCGGGUGGUGCGGCACUACGUGGAUGGGCUUGGGAUCAACUGGGAGGGCGUGCGGAACGUGCUUGAUAUGGACGCACACUAUGGCGGUGAUUUGCUGCUUCCACACCUUGGGGAGAGAGGGGAGGUGGUGGGGGUGUAUAGGCGGCCAGUAGUGAAGGAGUAUCAGCAUGAUGUGGGGGAUUGGGAGCGGGUGGUGCGGCACUACGUGGAUGGGCUGGGGAUUCGGUGGGAGGGCGUACGGAACGUGCUAGAUAUGGACGCACGCUAUGGCGGUUUCGGUGCUGCUCUAGAAAAGGCUAAGCCUGUGUGGGUGAUGAGCGUGGUCCCUACGACCAGCCCUGACACCCUGCCAGUCGUCUUUGACCGAGGGCUGCUGGGAGUGUACCACGACUGUUUCGGUGCUGCUCUAGAAAAGGCCAAGCCUGUGUGGGUGAUGAGCGUGGUGCCCACAACCAGCCCUGACACCCUGCCAGUCGUCUUCGACCGAGGGCUGCUGGGAGUGUACCAUGACUGGUGCGAGGCGUUCAACACCUAUCCACGGACGUACGACCUCGUGCACUCGGAUCACCAUUUUGGGAAGGCGUUGACUGAAAAGAGGUGCGAGGCAGCAGACAUAGUGGUCGAGAUCGACCGAAUUCUUCGCCCCUUUGGCUACUUGAUAGCCCGCGAGCACGCGCAGCACAUCCCUUUCCUGCAGGCCGUGGUGAAGGGGCUAGGGUGGAGCCAGACGGUGCUGGUGAAGGAAGGGAGGGAGGCGUUCGUGGUGUUUCAGAAGACCAUGUGGCGACCAGAGGGGCAGGCAGAGCAGCAGCAGUAA